AUGGUACAAUCAAAGAGAAGUUAUCUGGAGAGUAUAUCGAGUGAAGAAGACCAAUUUGAAAGUCGCGAGAAUCCUAUUUCUUCCACCUUCAAUGACAAUUUCAAGACACAUUAUUUCGCUAUACCAAAGACUUCAUCAACCAAUUCGGAGCGUGGCUUUCCACAAACAUUUUGCGCAAUAACAGGACAACAAAGUGAAGUAAAACCAACAAAAACUCCCUUUUUAUCAUUAUUCAAUGGGAAGGAACCCCUCAAAAAUGUAAAGUUUAGAUAUAAGCUAUAUGAAAAGAUUUGGAAAAACCAGCUGAAAAAGAUCCAGCUGAUUGUCAACAAUGCCAAUGACGAUUUGUUUCGAGAAUUAAUUUGUUUUAUUAAUGAGCCAUUGCCGUUGCACCAGAUGCCGCUGCUGCCGCUGUUGCAACCGGAAAAGUUAUCAAUUGGUUAUAUCCAAAUGACUUCGAAUACAGCGAAUAAUUUGAGAAUUCUCGACCAGUUCUACAAAUACAUCGAGGAGAAAAACUCUCAGAGGUCGUUCUUGAUCACUUUGAAUACAAAGAAUUGCCCCCAUAUUAAGGGAGCUUUGAAAGAGAUCAUUAAACAAUUCGAUGAAGGCCAUGGAAAUAAACUAGAUUCAAGUAAAUACUUGUUUUACGAUUUAGGAAUCCUCGCCAGUUGGUUUGAAAAGAACGGUUUAGACGAGAGAAUAGUGAUUGUUAUAGAAGAUACGAAUUUAUUUAAUAACCAGUUGUUGAAUCAAGUGAUAAAAAGUCUUCAAUCAACGAGUUCACAGAUACCUUUCAAGUUGUUAAUAACCUUAUCAUGCGACACCGUGAGUUCUUGGAUCAACAACAAUAUCAGAAGUGACAUUAGAUUAAAUCUGCAGGGCUACAAAUUCAGGUCUAACGACAAUAUCAGUCUUGGCUUUAUGAUACUACAUAAUUUAUUUUUGACACCCGAACUAACAGAGGAAAACCCAUUGUUGAUCAGCAAUACAUUGAGUACAAUAAUUUUAACCAGGUUUCAAAACUCAAACAAUUCCAUUGAUGCCUUAAUUUCCGAGGUUAGGUUGUGUUAUAUGAUUCAUUUUUACCAACUGCCGCUAUCCAUAUUAAUAACCAGAUUAGACGAGUCAAAGUUGUACGUAGAUGGGUUGAGAAAACUACCUUCUUUCAAAAAAUUGGUGGAAAAGAAGUUGGCGGUAAAGUCUAUGGAAGGUAAAGACUUAUUAUCCAAUGAUGCUUGUGUCAUUAAAUUAUUUCAACUGGCAAAAGCGCAAUAUCAAACACAUAAGCUUGUUAUUAUGAAUGCAAACAAUGUAAUAUAUCAAUUAGAUCCAAAGAAACGCAAAGAGAAAUUUGAACUAUAUACCAGUUUAGUCAAUGGUAAGCUUUUUACUUCAAAGUACUUUCGAGAGUGCUUAAACAUAACACAACAUCCGCCAAGGGUAGUUGAGAGAAUCACCUCCUCGUUAACUACAAAUUGUUUAGAAACACUAAAUGGUGUUUCUGAUGUUUAUUUGAUAAAGUUGAAUAAAGGCCUAAAUGCAGCAACGGAUACACCUGAGCUUGUUGAAUUGCUUGAAACUUACUUUCAAAACCCGGUUUUGACUACACCUUUAAAGGAGAUGCCGUUUAACGAAAUAUUCUCCAUGGACGGCGGUGUUAUACACGAGAAAUUCGAAAAACCACCCUUGUUUGAAGAAAAUUUCGAAAAUUUGAUGAUUGAUUUGUUGCGCCCUAAUCUACGCGCAACCAUUGAAACGAGUUUAGAAAAUGCCGAGACAUAUCUAGGGCAAAUUGAAAAACCUCCUAUUAUUUGUCAGAUGUUCAAAGUUUAUAAAGAAGCACCAGCCGCUAUAAAUUUACACGAUUUUUACCAAGCAUAUUCAGCAUCUUUGGAAAGACCAAAAUCGAUGACUGAUGAGGACUGGCACAAGACAACAUAUUCUUGGUUUUUACAAAAUUGUUUUGAGAUGAUGCACUUGGGUAUAGUGCAACCGAAAAAAUCUAGUGAGUAUUUAGAAAAAGCCAUUUGGAAAGGUGUAUAG